AUGGACCAGGACCAACAACUGGGGAGGGGGUCAUCUAUCACCACUACUCCACAGAUGGACCAGGACCACCAACUAGGUAGAGAGGCAUGUAGCACCACUACUCCACAGAUGGACCAGGACCGCCAACUGGGUAGAGGGGCAUCUAUCACCACUACUCCACAGAUGGACCAGGACCGCCAACUGGGUAGAGGGGCAUCUAUCACCACUACUCCUCAGAUGGACCAGGGCCACCAACUAGGUAGUGGGACAUGUAGCACCGCUACUCCACAGAUGGACCAGGACCGCCAACUGGGUAGAGGGGCAUCUAUCACCACUACUCCACAGAUGGACCAGGGCCACCAACUAGGUAGAGGGGCAUGUAGCACCACUACUCCACAGAUGGACCAGGACCGCCAACUGGGUAGAGGGGCAUCUAUCACCACUACUCCUCAGAUGGACCAGGGCCACCAACUAGGUAGAGGGACAUGUAGCACCACUACUCCACAGAUGGACCAGAACCGCCAACUGGGUAGAGGGUCAUCUAUCACCACUACUCCACAGAUGGACCAGGGCCACCAACUAGGUAGAGGGUCAUCUAUCACCACUACUCCACAGAUGGACCAGGACCGCCAACUGGGUAGAGGGACAUGUUGCACCACUACUCCACAGAUGGACCAGGACCGCCAACUGGGUAGAGGGGCAUCUAUUACCACUACUCCACAGAUGGACCAGGACCGCCAACUGGGUAGAGGGGCAUGUAGCACCACUACUCCACAGGUGGACCAGGACCGCCAACUGGGUAGAGGGGCAUCUAUCACCACUACUCCUCAGAUGGACCAGGGCCACCAGCUAGGUAUAGGGACAUGUAGCACCACUACUCCACAGAUGGACCAGGACCGCCAACUGGGUAGAGGGUCAUCUAUCACCACUACUCCACAGAUGGACCAGGACCGCCAACUGGGUAGAGGGGCAUCUAUCACCACUACUCCACAGAUGGACCAGGACCACCAACUGGGUAGAGGGUCAUCUAUCACCACUACUCCACAGAUGGACCAGGACCACCAACUAGGUAGAGGGGCAUGUACCACCACUACUACACAGAUGGACCAGGACCACCAACUAGGUAGAGGGGCAUGUAGCACCACUACUCCACAGACGGACCAGAUCCACCAACUGGGCAGAGGGUCAUCUGUCACCACUACUCCACAGACGGACCAGAUCCACCAACUGGGGAGAGGGUCAUCUAUCACCACUACUCCACAGAUGGACCAGGACCACCAACUGGGUAGAGGGGCAUCUGUCACCACUUCUCCACAGAUGGACAAGAUCCACCAACUAGGUAGAGGGUCAUCUAUCACCACUACUCCACAGAUGGACCAGGACCACCAACUAGGUAGAGGGGAAUGUACCACCACUACUCUGCAGAUGGACCAGAUCCACCAACUAGGUAGAGGGUCAUCUAUCACCACUACUCCACAGAUGGACCAGGAUCACCAACUAGGUAGAGGGGCAUGUACCACCACUACUCCACAGAUGGACCAGGACCACCAACUAGGUAGAGGGGCAUGUAGCACCACUACUCCACAUAUGGACCAGGACCACCAACUAGGUAGAGGGUCAUCUAUCACCACUACUCCACAGAUGGACCAGGACCGCCAACUGGGUAGAGGGGCAUGUAUCACCACUACUCCACAGAUGGACCAGGACCACCAACUGGGGAGAGGGUCAUCCAUCACCACUACUCCGCAGAUGGACCAGGACCACCAACUAGGUAGAGGGUCAUCUGUCACCACUACUCCACAGAUGGACCAGAUCCACUAA